AUGGCCGCUGAGGACCAGAAUGUUCUUCCAUGUGUGAGGAUGUCCCAUGCAUUGCAGGGUGUGCUUCUCAUUAGAGACAGCAGAGGCUGGUCUUACAACGCGUCUACAGAAACCAUGACUUACGAGGAGGCCAGGUUGUACUGUCAGCAGAAGUACACCCACCUGGUGGCAAUUCAGAACAAAGAAGAGAUCGAGUACCUCAACUCCAUCCUGAGCUACUCAAAAAGCUAUUAUUGGAUCGGAAUCAGAAAAAUCAAUAAUGUAUGGGUCUGGGAAGGGACGCAGAAGCCUCUGACUGAUGAAGCUAAGAACUGGGCUCCCGGGGAACCAAACAAUAAGCAAAAUGAUGAGGACUGUGUGGAGAUCUACAUCAAGAGAGACAAGGACACGGGCAUGUGGAAUGAUGAGCCCUGUAGCAAGAAGAAGCUUGCUUUGUGCUACACAGCUUCCUGCACUGAUCAAUCCUGCAGUGGCCAUGGUGAAUGUAUAGAGACCAUUGAAAACUACAACUGCAAGUGCCACCCUGGCUUCCAUGGACUCAGGUGUGAGCAAGUUGUAACAUGUAAAGCAUGGGAAAACCCUGAACAUGGAAGCCUGGUUUGCACCCACCCUUUGGGGACCUUCAGCUACAACUCCUCUUGCUCUGUGAGCUGUGAUAGGGGCUACCUGCCAAGCGGCAAGCAGAACACACAGUGCAUUUCAUCUGGAGAAUGGAGUGGUCUCGUGCCAGCCUGUGAGGUGGUUGAGUGUGAGGCUUUGACUAAACCUGCCAAUGGUGUCAUACAAUGUUUCCAAAGCCCUGAAAGAUUUCCAUGGAACACAACUUGUGUAUUUGAGUGUGAGCAAGGAUUUGAACUAAUAGGAACUGCAAACGUGCAGUGUACGUCCUCCGGGAUCUGGGACAAUGAGAAGCCAACCUGUCAAGCUUUGACAUGCGAUGCCAUCCACCAGCCUCAGAAUGGUUUCAUGAACUGUAGCGACUCUUCUUCUGGAAGGUUUGCCUUCAAGUCAUCCUGCAGCUUCACCUGCGAGGAGGGCUUCAUGCUGCAGGGGCCGCCGCAGAUAGAAUGCACUGCGCAAGGGCAGUGGACACAGCCAACUCCACAGUGUGAAGCUGUGACCUGUGAUGCUGUUCAUCAGCCCCUGAAUAGCAUGAUGAAAUGUACUCCUUCCCCUACUGGGAAAUUCACCUACAAGUCCUCUUGUACCUUCCACUGCAAGGAAGGCUUUGACUUACAUGGAUCAACUGAACUUGAGUGCACCUCUCAGGGACAGUGGACACAAGCAGUCCCAUCCUGUCAAGCGGCACACUGUUCAAGCCUGGAAAUUCCAGCACAUAUCAACAUGACCUGCAGUGGGGAGCCUGUGUUUGGCACUGGGUGCAAGUUUGCAUGUCCUGAAGGAUGGACACUCAAUGGCUCUGCAGUUCUGACAUGUGGUGCCACAGGACAAUGGCUUGGAAUGCUGCCUACCUGUGAAGCUCCCACAGCAUCCAACAUUUCCUUGGCAGUUCAACUUUCUGCUGCAGGAGCCUCCCUCCUGACACUGGGAUCAUUUCUCCUCUGGCUUUUGAAAAACUUUCGGAAGAAAGUAAAACCAUUUGUUCCUUACAGUUCCUGUUACAGCCUUCAAGCACACAGAAAUCACCAGAUCCCUGCUGACAUCAUUUAAGUCUGAAAGAAACAGGGAUCCAAACACUGAAGACAGCAGAGGCCGAGAACUGCUCAGAUCCUUGGCCUUUCCUGCCUAUCAUACCUGCCACUUCCACUGCUGGGACUGUGACUUCAAUGGAUCAAAAUUCAAUGGCAAGAGAGAUCUUCCGCCAAAAGGACUCAAUGUUUGCUUUGCUGUUCUUGGGAUCAGAAAGUGGUGCUUAGUGAAAGUAAAUAACAUUGUCUUCAAAGCAAAAUGAAGAGCCCAAGGCUCUGGAAUCUCCGAAUUCCUUUUCUAGUUCUCUUUCAUCACUCUGAAACGUUGGUGGAGAAGGAAUGUUUCUUUCUUUUGUUCUUCACCAUGUUUCAACUAAUUGGAUAGUUAAUUGGAUAGUUACUGUCAUGGGGAUGAACAGGAAUUAUCUAGACUCCAGAGAGAAUGAACUGGCCAAAUAUAUUUUAUUUCUAACUUUUAAGAGCCCCCAAACUUUAAUGCCCAGUGGUGAAUGCACUAAUAUUAUUAGUGCACAGUGCAAACCCUGUGUAAAGCUUUGCGUGAGGGUUACUAAGCCCAGUGUUCAUCGUUUUAUCCUGUGGGAUUCUAUGGGAGUCUAUGCUUUUUAAAAUUGUUCUUAGACAUUGUAUUCUUUUUUACUUACAUUGAAUACAACAUAAUCUUCCAUAGCUAUUAACUCAGUACUGUGGACUUGGUUACUUAUCUUAAUCACCAUCUCUUUGUUUAUUAAAAAAAUGUAAUGUUAGAUCUGCAGUAAAUGUAUUUUUAAAAGGAACAAAUGUUCACCAGUGUGAAGUUCUGAGUGUUUUACAUGUGUUAUUUUUACAACAUGGUACUAUCAGGUGUAUAAUUCUUGUAUAUUAUAUAAGAUUUUAAAUCCAUGGUAAGAACUCACUAUUUAAAACAUCCACCUAGAGCAUUUUCAAAAAGUGAAGAUGUCUAAUAGUCAUUCCCUAGUAGUUUUAUUCUGUGUGUUUUGGUAUUCUGAAAGAGGGGAAUGCUUGGGUGAAUAUUUAUGUUUAUUUAUAAGCAGAGCUUAAAAUUCUUAAGGAAUUUCCAGUUAUAAGUGGCAAUGAGAAUUCUCGGUCAGUAAGUGCCACAGCUGUCCACAUUAAAGCUGUCCUCAACUUCCAUUAACUUAACAUGUUGGAAAAGUUUCAGAAAGUGCAUAGGGGUGAGGGUGUGGGGGAACUAACACGAUCAGACUAUAUACAGAAUGAAUUAUUAUUUUCUCUAAGAUUUUUCAAAUACAA